AUGUGUAUUUUUUCUUUCUUUCUUUUUUUUUUUUUUUUUUACUCGCUUUUUGACUUUUUAUCUUUUCUUUAUUUUCUUUUUUCUUUCUUUUUGUUCUUUGCUCAUAUCUGUUAUUUUCUUCCUGAUCGCGGGUCUGACCGUUCAAACCCUCGCUCAGUUGAUAUCUACAUCAUGCUAGCAACUUACAGAUAUGUACAUAUACGUUUUGUAGUAUGCGUGGGUUAUAUCUAUCUAUCUAUCUAUCUAUCUAUCUAUCUAUCUAUCUAUCUAUCUAUCUAUCUAUCUAUCUACAUUUUUCUUUUUCCUUACUUUUUCUUCAUCUGUGGUUUUCUUUUUUCUUUUUCUUUUUUUUUAAUUGUCACCUUUCUUUCUUUCUUUAGACACCAGGGUGAGUGUGUUAGUAAUUUCCCCACCCGGUACGCUGAGACUAACAAAACUCCGUUUGUAACUCACUCUUCUUACUCUCUCUUUGUUUGUUUCUAUCUAUCUAUCUAUCUAUCUAUCUAUCUAUCUAUCUAUCUAUCUAUCUCUACCUUUUUCUCUCUGUUUUUAAAAGAGUCCAGACAUAUUGCUUCCUCCCUCCACCGUAUUUUCCAACGUUAUAUUACCCUCUUCUCUUUUCUUCUUCACCUGACUAUCUCUCUCUCUUUCUCCCUCACCUUCCUUUGCUUUCCUUUACUGAAUUUGUUCGUAAGUUGCUUGCUUUUUCUCUUCUUUUUUUAUUUGGUUACAGUCUACACUCUCUUUUUCCCCCGUGAUUUAAUUUUUUUCUCUCUUUCUCUCACAUCUUUCUUUUUCUCCCUCUCCUUCCACCCGCUUCUAAUACCCUUUGAUUCUUUCCCCUUCUCUUAA